AUGGCUCGGCCAGGCGUCAGCAUUCGCGCGCAGAUGCGGAGAUGUGGAGAGCUAGCUCGGCCGGACGCUGUUGAUACCGCUGCUCCAUUUGCGUGUAUGGAGCGCGUGCGUGUGAUGGCGCUGACCUUGUGCCUGCCUUGUGUUGCAGGGGUGCAAGAGACACACCGCGCGGGCCGCAUCGCGUCGCUCAUCGGCGUGGAGGGCGGCCACUCCCUCGGCAACUCGCUGGCCGUGCUGCGCACCUUCUACAGCCUGGGCGCGCGCUACAUGACCGUCACGCACACCUGCGACACCGCCUGGGCCGACUGCUCCGUGCCCGCCAAGGAGAGCGACGCGCCGCCCACGAUGCCGGCCACGGAGGCCACCUCCCCGGGCGACGCCGCCAUCUCCCUGGGCCCCGGCCACUCGACGACGGCGCUGCCGGCGCCGCUGCCCUACACGGAGCCCCCCGAGCGCCGCACGGGCUUAACCGAAUUCGGCAAGUUUCCUAACACUCAACUAAAGCAGCACCCAGAACGUACAAUAGAAUUAGGCUCAUCUCUGUCAUUUGCCAACUACUUCACUUAA